GAGGCGGAGCACCCAGUAUUUGAUGGAUAAGAAGGCUAUGGCUCCAGCAUCACAGGGUGCAUUCAAAAGUGCCAUGUGUGCUGCGCAGCCUUCCCAACUUGCAGUACGGAAAUCAGCCCCAGCGUGCAGCGCCACUGCGGAGGCUGAGUAGUGCUUCCCCACUGGAGGCGGGCAUGUCAUAGAUUGUCCGUAUCAUUGACCCAAGUGAACCCUUAUAUGCUCGCAAGAUCCAUCAAUAUUUGUCGAUAGCAACAUGUCGAAAGCUCGGUUCAAAAGAGAGCACUCAGUUCUCAAGCCUGAGUGGAUUCUCGGCGGGGCGCAAGGUGGGGCGCCUUCCUCACGGACAAUUGCGUCGCCGUCGAUAGCAGAACAGCAAACAACAAUAAACAGUACUCAAAACACGAGCAACAGCACUGUAGAUUCACUGCCAUCGAUUCGAGAAGCUCGGUCUGCGCUGCCCGUUACCCAAAACGCGAAGUCACGAUACUCAAAAACACAUUCGUCUGCCUGGAUCAUGGACUCCACACACGAGGAGAUGGAGGCAAAAAGCGCCAAUGCGUCCAGAUCGAAGCUACACUCAUCACCCCACAAGGUUGUGGGCAACACCGCGUUCAUGAAUGGCCCUUCGAAGAAUAUGUCGAUUACCUCCAUGGAUACACCUCCAGCGCCCACUCGAGCUCACUUCAGAGCGAAAGAUGUACCUCGUCAUCUUAGAAGACGAUAUUCUGUGAGCUCCCAAAGUCAAAGCAGUGGCGCCGACGCUCCCGCGCGAAUGCCCAUCAAUACCUCGAACUACACACCGACGGUAUCACCAGACAUAUUGGAUCGAAGCUAAGCCACAGAGCUGAGUUGCAGUGCCAUGGUUGGUUUAAGUAUAUGGCACGGCUAGCAGCUGCUGAUUGGUUUGAAUCAGAGAAGGCAACGAGGCUGAGGCACCCUUUAGGCACACUUACAUCGUUUGCAUGCAGGAGGCCUGCAACAAAGGCUGAGCACUGUAAGUGCUCAGCCUUUGUUGCAGUGCCAUGGUUAAUUUAAGUGUAUGGCACAGCUAGCAGCUGCUGACUGGCUUGAAUCGGAGAAAGGCAACGAGGCUGAGGCACCCUUUAGGCACACUUACA